GGCGGCCCUCAGGGCUCUGGUAUCUGGGUUCGGAAGGCAGCUUCACGGGUUCCUGGGAGGUCCCGCCACGACCGGCUGGCUAUGGCUUCCAGCUCGCGGGUUGAGAGAAGUGGUGGAGAUCCAAGAAGGGAAGACAACUGUAGUCCAGCAUAUAGCAGCUACAGACAAUCUCCAUGCAAGCAGACCUGUUCGUUGCUGCCAUGAGACCCCCAGAAAUUGAAGGCCGAAUCACAGAAACUCCCAAGGCAACUCCAAAUCCCCCUAACCCCUCAGGCCAGUGCCCCAUCUGCCGUUGGAACCUGAAGCACAAGUAUAGCUAUGAGGAUGUGCUGUUGCUCAGUCAGUUCAUCCGGCCACAUGGAGGCAUGCUGCCCCGGAGUGUCACAGGCUUGUGCCUGGAAGAACACCGAAAGAUCGAGGAGUGUGUAAAGAUGGCUCACCGAGCAGGUCUUCUCCCGGAUCACAGGCCACGGCUUCCAGAAGGGUCCUUAUCAAAGAGUAAACCCAAACUCAACCGCUACCUGACUCGCUGGGCUCCCAGCUCUGUCAAGCCCAUCUAUAAAAAAGGCCACCGUUGGGAUAAGGUGGGUAUGGCUGUGGGGUCACCACUCCUGAAAGACAAUGUCCGCUACUCCAGAAGGCCUUUGAAGCUGAUGCAUUAAUGGGAGCUGCGCUGCUGAAUAUCCUGACUAGAACCUUCCAGAUGAUGCAGUUACCCCUCUCACCAGAACCACUGCCCUCCACACACAGCAUGGGGACUUCAGGACUAACUUCUGUUCCUUGGAUCUGCCCAGCCAUGGUGUUGGGAGCCGGGGCAGGCAGGAAGUGGCCUGUGGUCUUCUGACUAGCUUGGGCUGGGGUCUGUGCAAGGGCAGGAGCCUUACGCAAAGAAAGGAAAUAAAGCAGGCUCUCGGCGUC